AUGUUGAGGGCAGAAGGUGUGGGGACAGAUCCAGAUGUUGCGUCGCGCGUGCAGAUGCGUACACAUGCGGUUUGCGCUCUGCACCAAGCCGCUCUUCUUUGUGCGAAGAAGCAAGACCACUGGCCACUGGAUCCAUGGAUGUGGAAUCGUUUCUGGACUACGGUCAAGGGCAGCACAGGUACUUUGAAUGUGCGCUGGAUGUGGAAGAGGUACAUGUUCAACAGCUGUCACCACGUUGAGAGUGACCUUCUUGCCCCCACCGGUGCGGAACCAGUAGCUUGCCUGGUUGAAACAAGAACAUCGGAAGCUGCGUUGGAUUGUGCGCCGACAUUGGAACAUUGCCUUCCCUCCGUGUUUCAUGGGCUCAUCCCAAGCGUGCCAUGA